AUGGCCGACGAAAAACCCUCCCGCCAGCCCGUCACCGGCUCAUGCCACUGCCGCGCCGUCCAGUACGUCGCCUUCCUCACCCUGCCCCCCGUCCACAACGAGUCCAGCCCGCCCGCGCGGACCGACCAGCGCAUCUACCGCUGCAACUGCACCAUCUGCCAGAAGACGGGCUUCCUGCACGUGCGCGUCGCCGACCGCACCGACGACUUCCUCCUCUUGGCCCCGCUCGACCCGCUGCGCGACCUGGGCGACUACCGCUUCGACGGCAAGAUGCUGCACUGGCUGUUCUGCAAGACGUGCGGCGUGCGCUGCUUCACCUUCAUGGGCGCGGGGGAGGUGGUCGAGGCGGACCUGGCCGCGCUGGGGGUCCCCGGCUACGCGGGCAAGGGGAAGACCACGAGGGUCUGGCGGGCGGCCAGGGAGGGCGGCCAUCCGGAGUACGGGACGUACAUCUCGAUCAACGGGCAUACGGUGGAUCACUCGUGCAGGGCGUUUGACGCGCGGGCGCUCCAUGAGCAGGGCAGCGUGCAGUAUCUUGAUUAUCUGUGUCCCGGGGGCCAGGAGCGAGGGCCCGAUCGCUACGGCAGACCGCACGAGGGAGGGGCCUAUUGA